UAUACGGCUUCCCCUCUGCCUCCUGCUUCGGCAACCUUCCCGACUUGUUGCCAUGUCUAUUCAGUACUCGGGCGAGGAGCAGCUGCCCGGUAGCUACGGGGUGGCGGACUCCUUCCCCAAAGACUUCGGCUACGGGGCGGAUGAGCCAGAAAUGGAUGAGAAUUCGGCCUCCUCAGAUAGCAAGCCUCGUAUCCUUCUCAUGGGCAUGCGGCGGAGCGGCAAGUCCUCAAUUCAGAAGGUGGUGUUUCAUAAGAUGUCUCCAAAUGAGACAUUAUUCUUGGAGAGCACCAACAAGAUCUACAAGGAUGAUAUCUCCAACAGCUCCUUUGUAAAUUUUCAGAUAUGGGACUUCCCAGGACAGGUUGACUUUUUUGACCCUACCUUUGACUACGAAAUGAUUUUCAGAGGAACAGGAGCAUUAAUAUAUGUAAUUGAUGCCCAGGAUGAUUACAUGGAAGCUUUAGCAAGACUUCAUGCCACAGUUUCUAAAGCCUACAAAGCAAAUCCUGACAUGAACUUUGAAGUUUUUAUUCACAAAGUAGAUGGCUUAUCGGAUGACCACAAGAUUGAAACCCAGAGGGAUAUUCACCAGAGAGCCAAUGAUGAUCUUGCAGAUGCUGGACUCGAAAAACUUCAUCUUAGCUUUUACCUAACUAGUAUCUAUGAUCACUCAAUAUUUGAAGCCUUUAGUAAAGUUGUGCAGAAACUUAUUCCACAACUGCCAACACUAGAAAACCUGCUGAAUAUAUUUAUAUCGAAUUCUGGUAUUGAGAAAGCUUUUUUGUUUGAUGUGGUCAGUAAAAUCUACAUUGCCACUGACAGCUCUCCUGUAGACAUGCAAUCGUAUGAAUUGUGCUGUGAUAUGAUAGACGUUGUAAUAGAUGUGUCCUGUAUAUACAGCUUGCAUGCCGAUUGUAAUGGGAGUGCUUACGACAAGGAAUCUAUGGCAAUUAUCAAGCUUAACAACACAACAGUUUUAUAUUUAAAAGAAGUUACAAAAUUUCUGUCUCUUGUGUGUAUCCUUAGAGAAGAGAGUUUUGAAAGGAAAGGUUUAAUAGACUACAAUUUCCACUGCUUUCGUAAAGCCAUUCAUGAAGUGUUUGAAGUGGGUGCUGCUUCCCACCGGACCUUCAGCCAGCAAUCAAGCAGCCCAAAUCUCAAUGCUGUGACGCAUAAUGGUACACCAGCCAAUGCAGUCUAACACCAGACCUACUGGCCUUUUUAUUAUGGAACUAAUAGCAAGAGAGAAACUGCUGAGGGACAGUGCAACUCUUUUGUGACCAAGCCAGUCUAAGAAUGAUAUAGUGUUAUGAAUGACUAUUGUGGAAUUCUGUUCUCUGAUAUAUAUAAUAACAGAAUGCUGAACCAGUAAUUUUCAGAUAUUGGCUAUGGCAAUUGAAAAUAUCGGACUUUAUAUUUUUAAUACAGGUUUGAUUCUUGUAAUAGAGCUGUUUGGCCUUAUAUCCCUAAGAACAUUCUCAAAAUCAAUGUCCAGUGGACUUGCAUUAUACAAGUAUGUACUAACCCUGGAAAAUGUACACAGCUAUGCUAGUGGUUGUAACACUGUUCUUGUUAAAAGACACACACUGUUCUAAGAUCUGAAAACAUUCCAGGAGCUAAUGUCCACCUUACACUGUUUCCAUAACUAUAAUUCACAUUACACUUGUUACCAAGAACAUGGUGCACCAAGGCCUUCUCCAGACAUUCCUGUGACAAAGGGUGCAUUUGUGAAGAUUGGCAACAGAAAAGCCAUGGAUUUCCAUGGCAUAGCAUUUGAGAAAGUGUGCUCUGAUACAUAGGGUAGUUUGUUCACUGUAAUGUGGUUUUACACAGGAAUGCAAUCAGAAAAACAACUUGUAUAUAUUCAAGGGACAGUUGGCACUUAAACAUACAGUAAUGAAAUGUAGUGGUUUUACAUGGUUCAGGCAUCGAUCUAAAGGGUAAAGACACAAAAGGCUAGUAAUUAGAAGAUGCCAUAAAAGGGGUGUGUCUUGGUGUAAAUCAGUUUUUCUGGUCAUUGUCAUAAAUCUGUUAAUGUUUUUGUUAACUUUUUAUUCAAUGUUAUUUGUGUAAUGUUUUCUGUACAUAUCACUGAAAAUUUAAAGAAACAUUCAUUGUGCAUAAUUCAAGGGUAAGCAUUUGUUUCAGAGCUGCUAAAAAGACUGCACUGUUCACUGUAUUGGUGGGAUCUUUUAUUUUCUUUAAUACACCUACCUAUCCAGGGGGAUGAGCUAGAUUUUCUACCUUUAAACCCACAUCUAUAAGUAUCCUCAUGUUUUAAACAAGUCAGGGAUGUUAAUGGUUUUUAAUCAGUAAACACACUUUCUGUACUUAGAAAUUCACUUUGGUACCUUGGAUGCCUGCUUUAUGCUCCCAGUAGCAGUACUGCAGCUCUCCUUCUACCUUUAAGGCCUGGGCAGAGCUACACAAAUAUUAACACUCUCCUCUUCCCACUUGGAUAUACCAAUUUUUUUUAAUAGUAACUUCACAAUUUAAGAGAUUUCUAAUGCAUUUCCAUUGUUUACUUUUAAUUUUCUUUAAGUACUUUUUAAAUCCCCUCCACUUUCCUACAUCAUUUUUGUCACUAUACCACAUUACUGUACUCAUUGACAAACCAAAGCCCCUUGUAUUGCUGAACUUCUCCGGAUCAUUAACACAAUUAAGUGCCACUGUAAAAUGUUUUUCUGAAUCUGUAUUUACUUAGCGUGAUUGUGCAUUCUGCAAAGAGAUAGUGAUAUUGCUUGAACAUUCAUAUGGACCAGAGUGAAAGUCUUCAAAAAUGCUUUUAUAUUUAUAUUUUUCGUUCACUCAGUUAUGUAUAAAAAAGGGGGUUAUCAAUAAACUUAUUUACUUGCA